GGCCGCCCGUCUUUGUAAGGAGACCACUGAGACUAGCUGGAGUGCUGGAAGCGGCGGCGGCAGCCUCGGCUGCCCUGACUUCCUAAGAAAUCUCAAUGAACUAUUUAGAGAAUCACUGAUCCGGCCUGCAAGAUUUUCUUUUCUUCUUGCACGGCACAGACAUCGAUCAGUGUCUGAAGAUCACAUUUUAUAUGCGAUCUUGACUUUUCCCCCCUUUUGGUCUCACAUUAUAUUUUUAUAGGUUUUGUUAUAAUCAUGGUGCUGGGGAAGGUGAAGAGUUUGACGAUAAGCUUUGACUGUCUCAAUGACAGCAAUGUCCCCGUGUACUCUAGCGGGGAUACCGUCUCAGGAAGGGUGAAUUUAGAAGUUACCGGGGAAAUUCGAGUGAAAUCUCUGAAGAUCCACGCAAGAGGACACGCGAAAGUGCGCUGGACGGAAUCGAGAAACGCCGGCUCCAACACUGCCUAUACGCAGAAUUACACCGAGGAAGUCGAGUAUUUCAACCACAAAGACACGCUCAUCGGGCCGGAGAGAGAUGAGGAUAAUUCCGAAGACGGCUUCCACACCAUCCACUCCGGCAGGCAUGAGUACGAGUUCAGCUUCGAGCUUCCACAAACACCACUUGCUACCUCAUUCGAAGGCCGGCAUGGCAGUGUGCGCUAUUGGGUGAGAGCCGAACUGCACAGGCCUUGGCUUCUACCAGUAAAAUUAAAGAAGGAAUUUACAGUCUUUGAGCAUAUAGAUAUCAACACUCCUUCAUUACUGUCACCCCAAGCAGGCACAAAGGAAAAGACCCUGUGUUGCUGGUUCUGUACCUCAGGCCCAAUAUCCUUAAGCGCCAAAAUCGAGAGGAAGGGCUACACCCCAGGCGAGUCCAUCCAGAUCUUUGCGGAGAUAGAGAACUGCUCGUCGCGCAUGGUGGUGCCCAAGGCCGCUGUCUACCAGACACAGGCCUUCUAUGCCAAGGGCAAGAUGAAGGAGGUCAAGCAGCUGGUGGCCAACCUGCGUGGGGAGUCGCUGUCAUCUGGGAAGACCGAGACGUGGGACGGCCGGCCACUCAAGAUUCCGCCCGUGUCACCCUCUAUCCUGGACUGCAGCAUCAUCCGCGUGGAGUAUGCGCUCAUGGUAUACGUGGAUAUUCCCGGCGCCAUGGACUUGUUCCUGAACCUGCCGCUUGUCAUCGGCACCAUCCCCCUGCACCCGUUCGGCAGCCGUACCUCCAGCGUGAGCAGCCAGUGCAGCAUGAACAUGAACUGGCUUGGCCUGACCCUCCCAGAGCGGCCCGAAGCACCGCCCAGCUAUGCAGACGUGGUCACUGAGGAGCAGCGGCGCAGCAACCUGGUACCCAGCAGCACCUGCGAGGACUUCGAGCGUGCGCUGCAGGGCCCACUGUUCGCCUACAUCCAGGAGUUCCGCUUCCUGCCCCCGCCACUCUACUCAGAGGUGGACCCAAACCCGGAGCCAGCGACCAAUGACAGGCCCUCCUGCCCGUCCCGCUGAGGGCCCAUGGGCUGUGCAGUUCCGAACUGUGGCCCUUGCGGCCGAGGACGAAGAGGCCUUGGAGACGUGAGGUGGCUUGGGGCUAGUGGCUGCCCCAGCCCGGAGGACGCAGCGACAGCGGCUGGGACCUCGAGGCAGGAGGCGCCCACCGGCUCCUUCUUUGAGUUGAAUUUUGCACACGCUCGACGCUUCCCUGUGCGGUUCGAUGUCACUGCAGCUUUGUUCCCAUUCAGCGGAGCAUGACCCUGGGUGGCAGCGGGCGUCUCCGGGCGGCCAUGUCCCCUCCAGCGCAGAUCCCGGCUUCACGGGGGAGCGGAGGGGACGGAGAGGCCACAGCGGGCGGCCGCCUGUCUGUCCCGUGUGAGGCGUGGCCUCCAGCUGCACAGUGAGCAGCGCCACCCUGCCCGAGUCACUGAUCUCAGGUGAACGCGUCACUUGCCAAACAUCGGAAUGCUCUGUGUUUCCUUGCACUGUUCAUUUCUUUUGUUUUUUCCUUUUUCUGUUAUUUGUUGAUUUGGUUGGCUUUUCAGAGAGGGGAAACUUGGAGAUGGGGCACACACCGAGGUGGCAGUGACCACUGAGUGCUGGGACCUGGCCACCCGCUGGGGCUUCGCGGGAGACGCACACCCCACUCACCGCAGGGUCUGCUGCGCCGUUGCCGGGUAUUUUUGGGUUUUUUAAUGGAAAUUAUUUUUUAUAACUUGCUAAAUAAGCAGCUCUGGUUCUAAGAAUAGAUUGUUAAAAUACUAAAGGGGUGACAUUGGCAAAUCAUAGUUUAUUUCCAAGAAAAUGUACAGUUGGACCAUGAUGUGCCAGCAUUCGUGAAAACAGCUGCAGUUUGUGAGGUUCCAUGUGUACUUCUUUUCUUUGGUUUGGUUUUUUUUUGUUUUUUUUUUUUUUGUACCAGGGAUUGGACUCAGGUCCUUGCACGCGCAGCGGGCGGCAAACCACUGAGCUAAAUCCCUGGCCCUCUUGUGUUUUUGAAGAAGGAAUUCCGCUCCGGUAUUUCUCACGAAACUCGGCGUCUUGGCUGUGGCGGGUCGCUGUGGACGCUCUGCCUGAGGCUGAAGAGCAGGGGUCCACGCUGUCUUCCCGCUUCCCACAAAACCUAGGCUUUUCCAUAAGCGGCCUUUGAGAAACAUGAUGACAGUUCAUGUUGAACGCAGUGCUGACAGGAUGAAGCAAGUCCAGCAUAAAAGUGAAUCUUGUUAAAGGGUUUGGGUGCCCUAGCAGACUCGCACCAGAGAAAAAGGAAAUGGGGGUGAAACAUUUAUUUUAUUCCUAAAUCAUUUUGUGAAUGUCGCCCCUCAAGAGAAGCUAGUGGAAUUUUGUGCAACAGGGCAUUUGGUGGAUUUUUCUUCUCGGGGUCGUCGGAGCCCCUCCUGUCCCUGUCUGACCAAGUAGGGAACAAUGUUGUGUGUGUAGUGUGGCACACAGCACACCCCAUCCCAUCCCUGGCUCUGGCCCAGAGUGACACGGAGUUAGGAAACUUUAUCAAAUAAAGUUUUAUUUUCCCCAUUAAAGUAUUUCUUUACUCAUUUAGAGGCAUUACCUUUUCUAUAUAUUGGUCAGUUCCGGAUACAAGGUGUGAGGUUCACAGUUGUAUUCCAUAUUCAAGAUUUCCUGAUUUUUCAAUUAGGAAAAGUCAAAUCCAAAAUACUAGCAAAACAAAGUGCAAUAUUGAAUGUCUGCUUUCCAGAUUAUAUACUAUGGCUGUUUGUAACUUCUCUUUCUGGUUUUUUUUUUUUUAUUUGGUGCUGAAUAUGUAUGUCCUUGUAGGCUCUGUUUUAAGAAAACAAUAUGUGGGAAAUGAUUUACUUUUUCCUAUCGCUCUUCCUUGUGGAAAAUAAAGUGGUUUUUUUUCCUUUUUUGUAUAA